AUGGAAGAAAAGCUCCAGGCGCAUCAGGUGGAGAUCGACCCGGAUUUCGAGCCGCAGAGCCGUCCCCGCUCCUGCACUUGGCCUCUCCCCCAUCCCGACUUGGCGGCGGAGGAGGAAGAUGGGGGCGCGGGGGGAACCCCGGCACUGGCGGCCGGCGGGGACGGAGCCGAGAACGCGGCGGCCCCGGUGGAGCGCAGAGUCGCCGCCGCUCCCCCGCCGCCUCCCGGUGCGGAUGUGGGGCAGCUCCGCAAGGCCAAGACCUCCCGGCGCAACGCCUGGGGAAACCUCUCCUACGCCGACCUCAUCACCAAAGCCAUCGAGAGCUCGCCGGAGAAGCGCCUCACCCUCUCCCAGAUCUACGACUGGAUGGUGCGAUAUGUCCCCUACUUCAAGGAUAAAGGAGACAGCAACAGCUCCGCCGGCUGGAAGAACUCCAUCCGGCACAACCUGUCCCUGCACACCCGCUUCAUCCGCGUGCAGAACGAGGGCACCGGGAAGAGCUCCUGGUGGAUGCUGAACCCCGAGGGUGGCAAGACGGGCAAGACGCCGCGGCGGCGGGCGGUGUCCAUGGACAACAACAGCAAGUUCCUGCGCAUCAAGGGCAAGGCCAGCAAGAAGAAGCAGCUGCAGGUGACGCAGGAACGUGGGGAGGACAGCCCAUCCUCCCAGCAAGCCAAGUGGUCGGAGAGCCCCGUGUCCCACGCCAGCGAUGAGUACGAUGCCUGGGCGGACUUCCGGACGCGGGCCAACUCCACGGCCAGCACGCUGAGCGGGCGCCUCUCGCCCAUCAUGGCCAACCAUGAGCCGGACGAGCUGGAGGAGGAUGAUGGUACCCCCUCAUCCCCACUGAUGUAUCCCAGCCCCUCCAGCACCAUGUCUCCUUCCCUCAGCACCCGCUGCUCCGUGGAGCUGCCCCGGCUGACCGACCUGACCGGCACCAUCAGCCUGAACGAGAGCCUGGGGGAGAGCAUGCUGGAGGACCUGCAGGAUGGCUACAGCAUGAGCCCCUCUCAGCAGCUCCCCCCGGCCGCCCUGCGGCAGCGGAGCUCCAGUUUCACCUUCAACUCCAAGUGCUCCAGCAUGGGGGCCGCCUCCAACACCUACUGUGGGACCAUCUACAGCCAGCCAGCCAUGAGCCUCAUGCGCCGCCUGCCCAUGCAGACCAUCCAGGAGAACAAGCAGGCCACCUUCUCGCCCGUCAGCUCCUACAGGAACGCCUCGCUGCAGGACCUGCUCUCCUCCAUCUCCUACGCGCACAAGGAGAGCAUGGUCCCUGGGGGGGACCUGCCCCUGCCGCAGGCCAGCCCCAUGGUGCCGGCCCGUGGCCACAGACACAACCCGCUGCUGUGCGGGGGCGGGGAGCAGGGCUUGUCCUCCUACCCACCCCACCCGGGCUCUCUCAUGAAGAGCAACGCGUUGUACCACCCGUCACCAGCCGCUCACCACCCUGCGGUCAACACCAGUGCCUUAGCCAAUCCCGUCAGCCUUAUGAGCCUGCCCAGUGACUCGUGCAGCAUGACGGCCAUGCCGCACCACGGGCACCUGCAUUCCUACGCUAAUAACCAAGGGGCACACAUGAGCUUGCUGGAUUCCCUUCAGGGCCCCUACCCGGGGGCCAUCCACCCCCCCGUGUUGGGCCAAGACAGGUUCCCAGCAGAUCUGGACCUGGACAUGUUCAACGGGAGCCUGGAGUGCGACGUGGAGUCGAUCAUCCUGAAUGACUUUAUGGACAGCGAUGAGAUGGACUUCAACUUCGACUCGGCCCUCCCGCCGCAGAACGGGCUGAACGUGCCCGCGCUGCCCGGGGGGCCGCAGCCCACGAACCAGAGCUGGGUGCCCGGGUGA